AUGUCGACAAUAAGAAAACCAAAUAAAUAAAUGUAUGAUUUUCAUACUUUAUUUUGGAAAAAAAUCGAGGAAGAACUUCGAAUUUUUACUCUUUUAGAAAAGCGUCCUAAACGCGAACUUCCUCUAUAUGAACUUCGUCCUGACGAUUUAAACAUAGAUUUAUAAAAAGUAAAAUAAUGGAGUGAAUAAACUGAAUAAAUAUAUAAUUAAUUACUAGAAAAUGGUUACGCGGAUUUUAUUUGCAAUAAAGAAUACCUUCGGGAGGUAUUUUUAGACUUAAAAUUUAAUAGAUAAUAUAUAAAUUGUAUGGACAAAGAACUUUUAAACUUAAAGAAUUUGAAAAUAUUAGAAUUAAAUUAAAAUUUAAUCACCACUAUAGAAAAUAUACCACCUUAAUUAUUAGAAUUGCAUUUAUUUUAAAAUCACAUUUCUCAGAUUUCUAUUUAAAUGAAACCUUCAAAAAGCCUCCUUUUCUUAGGUUUAGGCUUUAAUAAAUUAAAUGAUAAUUAGAUUACUAAUAUACCUAAGUUUUUCCCUAAUUUAGUCUGUUUAGAUAUCUCAAAUAAUCUUUUAGAAGAUAUAUAAAACUUACUUUCCGUAGUUUGCAAUUUAAGUAGUUUAAAAAUGCUUUGCGCAUAUGGAAAUCCUAUAUGUUUGCUUUCUAAUUAUAAAAAAGGACUAAUUCAUGCCUUAAUAAAUCUAGAAUACUUAGAUAACGAAAAAAUCAUAAAAGGAGAAAUAAUAGAGGAUGAGAAAAUAUAAUAAUAAAUAUAAGAAAUUCCCGAAGAAAGCUAAUUAGACGAAGCUGCGAAUACAUAAAUUUUAUAAAAUUAAAUUUAAUAAUAUUCAGGAAAAUCUUAAAAAUAAAUAAAAAUCCGUUUUAAAAUUGAUACAUUAGAAAACCUACCUGAAGGUAUAGUUUUAGAUAAAUAAGCUUUCCCGAAAGCCGAAUAAUUCCCUGAAUAAUUUCAAACCUAGGCCAAAUUUGAAAUUCCUUCGGAAAUUCCUGAAAUAAACCAUAAUUUGACUGGCAAAGCUAUUUCUGAGGAAAUUUGUAAGGACGAGGAUUAUUUUAGAUUGGAUAUGAAAGUUGAUUUUAUAGAAGAAUUUCCGGUAAAUAUUUAAACUAAAGAAAUGCUUAAUAAAGGUAUUAUUUGUAGAAUUUACAAAACUGAACCUUUAAUGGAAAAUAUAGAAAAUUAGGAAGAAAAAUAGGUCAAAAUAGACCCAUAGACUGGUUUUCCUGAAGAGAGUACUGCUUUUGUGGGUUUAUUUAGGCUAGAUUUAUAAAAAUGGAACUCAGAUGGGAAUAUGCCGAAGGUUUUGAAGUAUAAGUACCCUAUUUUUGAGGAAAAUAUACUGAAAGUGCCUGAAUUUUUCUUUCCUAUUGAAAAUGAGUAGAAAUUGAUUAAAAAAAAUGCUGAAAAAAUUAAUUUAAUGCUAAAAUAACAAGAAGAGUCUGAAAAACCAAUUGAAACAGAAGUUCUAGAUCCUAAAAAAAAAGAUAAUAAAAAAAAAGAAGUAAAAAAACAAGAUAAAAAACCUUAAAAAAAAACAGGAAAAGAUGAAGAAAAACCAAGAGUUGUACCCAUUUCAAGUUUUCCGGUUUUUUAGAGAUAAUAGGUUUUUGUGGAUGUUGACAAUAUUUAUUUGUCUUUAAGAAAAUGGCUAGUGGCAGCAUAAAUGGAAAUUGUUUAAUGA